AUGGACGUGUAUCGCAGGAUUGAGGUAUUCAACUUGAAGGAAGAAAACGAGUACGAACAACUUGAAGAAGAGCCUGAGGGCAAACAUGGGCUAGGUUUCAUUUUAUCAUCUACAAAAGAU